AUGCAGGCUGCCACGAAGCGUGCGAAAGAGCUGACGGAGAAGAGAUUGCAACUCGACGUCGUUGCCGAGCUCGGCAAGCUCGAAGUGGCCGUCCUGGACAUGCUGCAUCCCGUUGUGACCGUGCAGUGCCAAGUGCUUGGCAACGGGAUCCAGCUCUGCCACAACAGCCUCAUGACCGGCCAAGACAUGUCGACGAGCGUCAAAUUGGAGAACUUCGCGCUCAAGGCGUUCGCCAAAUGCCCGCGCUCCCAUGAGUGGGAGCCCCUCCUGGAGCCCUUCCACAUUGGGGCCUCCGUGAAGCUCCAAUCUGUUUCCAAGACCUCAUCGGCUGUGGGCACCAAAGUGUCCAUCAACGCACACAAACCCUUGCUCCUGAACGUUGCCUCACCGUCGCUGUCGAGGCUUGCCCAGCUCGGCCCAGUCUACGCCGCCAGCAUCGAGCGGAAAAAUGGCGACUCCGCCGGAUCCUCUCGGUACAGUGUGGUCAACCUGUUCGGCCAGCCGAUGGUGCUUGAGUUCCUUUGCCCGGGUGGGGUUGUCCACAAAACGAUUCCGGCCGACGGUGCCAAGGUUUGCCUCGAGGAUGAGAUCUUCCUCCACAGGGCCAGCGAAGUUGCAGUCCGCCUGCGAGAGGGUGAGAACCUGGAGAGCUCCAGGCCACUCUCUAUCGAGUGCACGGAGACAGUGCUGGUGCCCGGGACGCUCUGCGUAGCCGAGAUGAUGGCUCCCGAGCCAGGAUCCCGCUUGCUUCUCUUGGCGUCGCCGCUGCGUGUGCACAAUACCUGCGACGUCCCAUUGCAGCUCUCCUUUCCAGGGGAGAAGGCCAGGCCGAGCGGAGCCUUCUGCUGCCAGGCCUCCCUGCUGGGCCAUGCAGCUCCGACCUACCGCAUGGAGAGCCAUCUGCCGGAGGGGGAACCACAAGACCGACACGUGACUGUCAUGCCCAACGAAAUCUUUGCUGUUCCAGAGCCACUGGUGCGGCAAGAGGCUGGAUACUGUGCUGCGACACUGCGAGGACGAUUCGGCCUGGGGGAUGCUUUCGAAUGGAGCACCCCCUUCGAGCUCACCUCCAAAGGAGUCUCUGCGCCGGAGGAUUUUAUCCUCUCCUGUGCCAAAAAAGCCGAGGGAUCGGUGGUGCUUCCCACGCUCCUGGCCGCGCAGCCGCAGGUCCACGACCUGAAGGGGACUCCGGUGCCGAAGCCGCGCCUUCGAAACCUGCGAACGGACAUGCUGUUGGAGGAUGCCAUUAACCCGGCCAAGAAGAAGAAAGCCCCGUGCUGUGGGGGGACGGCGCGUGUGUCGGAACCAGAGGAGGCAGCAGAGCAGCUGCCAGAGGAUGCCGCGCACAUGUCCGGACGUUUCUGGCGAAGCGGCAAGCUUCGCGAGACAGGCAAUGUGACGAUGCUCGUGCUCCGGCCCAUGCUUUCGCUGCUGAACGCCCUGCCCGAAGGGACAGUGACGCUGGCCUACCGUGCGCGAUCUAAGGCCAUGAUCCGCACGGGUGUCCUGAGAGACGCAACGGCCUGGCAGGAGGUGACGAUUCCCAGCAUGGCUUGCGUUAAUGUCUACGACCUGAGCCUGGAUGCCCUGACAGCGGGCGCGGAGGUCAAGGCUCGUUUGGGCGACGCAAGCGUCGCUUGGUCUGCGGCCAGCGUGUUGCGUCCAGCAGCUCUUCGCUACGAAGCAGAGAUGCUGGAGAUGGACGUCCGCCAGACCGCUGCAGGCGCCGCCUGUGGCCUCGUAGCUCAGCCGCUCGGGGAUGGUCGGCUCAGGAUCUCUUGCCCUCGCAUCUUCACGCACCGGCUGGAUUUGGGCCCCGAGGAUGUUGAGGUGCUGCACCGUGGCGAGCGGCUCCCCUCUAUGGCUGGGUUGACGAUGCUCCCUCACAACUGUGAGACGAAGAAGUGCGAGGUGGUGGUCAAGCGCCCAGGGGCGGAUGCGGUCAAGAACAGCCUCGUCAUGCCG